AACACAGGAAGUUGAACAAUCAGCUGAUCCUGCUGCUUCUUGUUGAUUACGUCCCGAAGUUGCCGUUUUACGGAUACCCUGCCGUCGACACAUUAUAAAGCCUGAGGAAGUGACACCGUGGGCGUGCAAUUGCUGAUAAAAACACAUGACUAUUGAGGGACGUAAGGAAUUUUAAUUGGCAUCCACGCGGCAGAAGAGGAGCUAGCCCCAAAACUGGAACCCUGAUUGCAAGCCAGACAGACGGCCACUUAACCUGCUUUGUGUACUUAUGCCACGGUCCUGUGACCUGCAUUGUUAUCUCCUGUGAACUGAAUUCAGGGCAUCUACUUUACAUGCGUUACUUUUUCCUAUUUGCACUUAAUUCCCAACGCAAUAAGCGCAGCUAGCUCUGUCAGCUAAUGUUAGCGAACGGCGCAACACCAGUGUUGAUUUCGUAACUGGCCGAUAGUGGUCGAUCACCUUUUCGCAAUUAUUUAAACAAGAGUUGGACUAACAACAGAGCUCGUUUGCGUCAGGUUAGGAUAUUUACUUAGAAAAGUUGAGAGCAUCUUGUAAUAAGCCUCUUUUGGGCUGUCUAAUAAUUAUUUUUCCAUUUGAUUUCAGCUCUUUUUCAUGUCUGUUUCAAAUAUCGUACAUUAAAGUGGUCAGUAGUUACUGAAAAGUUUCACGCUGGUCCCCUUUGUUGAAAUUGCUAGCUUGUUAGCAUUUGAAAUUAUGGAUUUAACCAGUCGAUUGCAGUACUAGUGUACAGUACACAGUGUUUAGGGAAAUACACGGAGAGGGUCCCAUUGUGUCUUAAGGUGAGCCACCAUCUACUACUUGCCAAUGCUGGAUCUGGAAGUGGUUCCUGAGCGAUCACUUGGAAAUGAACUAUGGGAAUUCGCCCUAGGUAUGCCUUUGGCCCAGGCCAUCGCUAUUCUUCAGAAACACUGCCGCAUCAUUAAAAAUGUCCAGGUGCUAUACAGUGAACAGACACCACUCAGCCAUGACCUCAUACUGAACUUGACUCAGGAUGGUAUUAAACUGCUGUUUGAUGCCACAAAUCAAAGACUCAAGGUGAUUGAAGUUUAUGACCUUAGCAAAGUGAAAUUAAAAUACUGUGGGGUCCAUUUCAAUUCUCAAGCCAUUGCCCCUACUAUAGAACAAAUAGACCAGUCAUUUGGAGCAACCCACCCUGGCGUUUACAAUGCAGCCGAGCAGUUGUUUCAUCUCAACUUUCGAGGACUGUCAUUCUCCUUCCAACUCGACUUCUGGAAUGAGGCUCCAAAAUAUGAGAUUCCACAUGGUGCCAUGGUCAAGAGGAUGCACAUCUACACUGGCAACAACCUGCAAGAAACAAAAGCCCCAGCAAUGCCAUUGGCCUGUUUCCUCGGUAACAUCUAUGCAGAGUGUGUGGAAGUCCUGAGAGAAGGGACAGGACCAGUCGGGCUUAAGUUCCGUCUAUUUACUGCGGGUUGUGGUCCUGGUGUGAUGGGUGAUGCUAAAAUGAGGUCCUUAGAAAAAAGCAUCUACUUUGGAGAUUCCUGCCAGAAGGUGCUGGGCGCUCUAGGAUCACCACAUAAAGUAUUCUACAAGUCUGAGGACAAGAUGAAGAUACACUCCCCGUCACCUCACAAGCAAGUUCCCUCCAAAUGUAACGACUACUUCUUUAACUACUUCACACUUGGAGUGGAUAUCCUUUUUGACUCGACCACACAUCUGGUUAAGAAGUUUGUCCUCCAUACAAACUACCCAGGGCAUUAUAACUUCAACAUAUAUCAUCGGUGUUACUUCAAGAUUUCAAUUGCCACAAAAAAAGGAGGCGCUGACUCUCAGACAGAUGACUGCAUAUUAACCACUUACAGCAAGUGGGAUCAGAUUCAGGAACUGCUGGGCCACCCGAUGGAAAAACCCGUUGUGCUUCACAGGUCCUCAUCGGCCAAUAACACCAACCCCUUUGGUUCUACCUUUUGUUUUGGACUGCAGAGGAUGAUCUUUGAGGUGAUGCAGAAUAACCACAUAGCAUCAGUGACCCUGUAUGGUCCUCCACGGGCCACCAGUCAAGACCAGCCCGAGGCCGGUAGCAGCAGUGGCUCCCACUGAACAAGUAGCCAAAUACCGCAUCUUAUUCUGUCUAUUCUCAGUCUGUAGAGAGUUGAAAUCAAGCAAGCCAUAAACACAACACGGCCAUUCUUGCAUUCAAUUCAGAAAUGGCAAUCACAUUUGUUUUCCUGCUGGCUUGGAAGUAUUGCAAUGAAAAUUCAGUGAUACGGUCUGUGUUGGGGAAUGGAUAUUUUGUCUUUGAAAGUGUGUCAUUUAAGACAUUAUGAUGAAAUCUGUAUUUGGAUAGAGUCAGACAGUGGAUUGGAGUUAACAGCCUGAGUGAUGCAGUCCUGCCGCUGCAGACCAGAGAAGGGCAAAAUGUUGUGGCCAAAGUCAAACACAAGACCUGUUCCUUUGGAAUCAUCAUGGACCAAACACGCUGCCGGUCGCCAGUUACCGCCUGUCUUCCUCCCUCUAAAAACAUAGAGGAGGCAAACCCCUCUGGUAAGAGCCAUCAGAUGCCGCGAGGGCCCAACAGAUAAAAAGAAAGCAGAGCUGGCCGAGCCAGAUAUCAUCGAAGACGCAACAUUCAGUGGACUGGCCAGAUGUGAAGCCUCUUAAAGCAGAACUUGACAAACAUUACUGUCAUCCCCAAAGAAUCCAUGCGCCCGUAAAUGAUCACCUGCAUGUGUUCGCCUGCUAAAUUGUCUCCUAUCGUUUCAACACAAUGAAGCACAAAGAGGUCAGUUUACUUGUCUUUGUUUAAAACGAAGGUCAGCUUUUCCAAGUUUUUGUCUCUACCCUGAGACAUGCAAGAAACACUGCAUGAACUUGACAGACAGGUUAGGAUAAAAGUAGAAGAAUAAAUUGGCAACGUCUUUUAUUUUAAGUCUUGCAUGUCGGAAGUAUUGAACACUGAAUUUUUCCCCGUAUGCCCUCUCUCACUUAUCAUCCUUACAGUAAAGAAGUUAAACAAGAGAUCUUUUUUGUUCUUAGUUAAAUGACCACGUUUAAACAGAUUGUCAUAUGGUGCGUUGCAUGUCAACACACUUUCUGUUACUUUAGCUUCACCUUCCUUUUGCCGUACGCGUGUUGUAUUUUCCAACCCAGUGAUGCAUGGCUUUUCAUCCUUCAGCUACAUCUGCAUCAUUUAGCUGCCAAAUGCAAACGCCAAAGGCAUUUCAGGGCGAUUUUCUUCUGGUCUGUUGAUAUCUCUGUUAUCUUUUGUCCAAUGUCAUCGUGUCAGGCAAGAAGUGAGUUAUUACGUUGCGUUAAAGUUAUUCCUACGGCAAGCAUUUUCAGCAUUUAUUCAGUAUUAAUCUUCAGCGCCAGAUUCAAAUAGACACUUUGAAUUCAGUCUAAAGACAAAUAAGCACACUAAUAGUGCAAACAUAAAACAGAUAAACGUGAAAAUAGAAUCCCAUGAAGUCACUUGAGUACUUACUUAAUUUGUUCGUUAUCUAGCCUAACUUCUGUGGACUACAUUAUUUGUCCUCACUAGUAGGACAUCUUUGGCAUAACAGUGGGACAACUACAUAUUGAAAUCCUACAUGUGAACGCAAAGAGCUGCCGUAAUAAAUGUUCCCUAAGCGGGAUAUCAAUAAUAAUAAUAAUAAUAAAUGAAUGCACAAAGAUUUUUCCAUACAUUCCUACUCAUCAAGGACACUAGAGUUUACCUAAUUUGUUUUCUGAUGAUUGUUUUCAAAUAUAUGAAAUAGUAAUGGGCCAAAAGAAAAAUCAUCAAAAUUUGGUGCCCCUUGGGGAAAAAAAUACUACACCACUUCAAUAAUACCUCUACCGAGGUAUUAAAAAAAGUAUCUGAACCUUUUGAAAUUUCUCACAUUUCCUGCAUGAAAUCAGCAUCAAAUGUGAUCUGACCUUCAUCAAAAUCGCACAGAUAAAAAACUGUCUGAUUUAACUAAAACCAGCCACACAUUUAAAGGUUUUCAUAUUUUAAAGAGGAUAAUAUGCAAACAAUGACAGAAGGAGGGAAAAAUAAGUAAGUGAAUCAGCACAUUUCAUAUUUUGUGCCCCCCCCCCCCCCCCUUUAGUAGCAAUAACUUCGACCAGAUGCUCACUGUAGUUCAGUCAGAUUCCUGGGCUGUCUGGCAUGAAUCGCUGUCUUUAGGUCAUGCCACAGCAUCUCAAUGGGGUUCAAGUUUGGACUUUGAUUUGACCACUCCAGAACAUGUAUUUUGUUCUUCUGAAACCAUUCUGAAUUUCAUAUACUUCUGUGUUUUGGAUCAUUGUCUUGUUGUAACAUCCAUCCAUCAUUUUUAGCUUCAACAGACGGCCUCAGGUUUUCCUGCAAAACAUUCUGAUAAACUUUAGAAUUCUUCCAUUAAUGACUGCAAGUUGUCCAGGCCCUGAGGUAGCAAAACGGCCCCAAAUCAUGAUGCCUCCCCACCGAUGAGGUGUUGAUUUUGGUGUGCUGUUCCAUUUUUCCUCCACACAUGACAUUGUGUGGUACUGCCAAAAAAAAUCAAAUUUCAUAAAAUAUUUUGCCAAAACUUCUGUGGAGUCUCCAAUUGCGUUUUUCGGAACAAUAAAUGCGCAACAGUGUUUUUUUAGACAGCCAUGGCUUCCUCCGUAGAGUCCUCUCAUGACCACCAUUCUUUACCAUAGUUUUACAUAUUGUUGAUUUGUGCUCAGAGAUAUUGGACUGUGCCAGUGAUUUCUGAAAGUCUUUAGCAGACAGGCUUGGGUUCUUUUUUCCCUCUCUGAGUAUUCAGCGCUGAACACUUGGUGUCAUCUUUGGUGGAUGGCCCCUCCUUGGGAGAGAAGCAACAGUGCCAAACUCUCCAUUUGUAGACAACUUCUCUGACUGUCGAUUGAUGAACAUCCAGACUUCUAGAGAUGGUUUUGCAUCCUUUCCCAGCUUUAUACAAAUCAACAAUCCUUGGUCGCAGGUCUUCAGACAGCUCCUUUGACCGAGCCAUGAUGCAUAUCAGACAAUGCUUCUUAUUAAGACUUUUAUUACCUGGAGUGUGUCUUAUAGUGGGCAGGGCAGCUUUAAACUACUCAUCAGUGAUUGGGUACGCACCUGACUUAAAAUGUUUAGUAGAAAUUGGUUUCGAUUGCUCUUAAAUUCUCCUUAGGCAGUGGCUUCACUUAUUUUCCCCCCUUCUGUCAUUGUUUGCAUGCUAUCCGCAUUAAAAUAUGAUAACCUAUAAAUGUUUAGGUAGUUUUAGUGAAAGCAGACACUGUAUUUUCAUCUGUGUGAUUUUGACAAAGGUCAGAUCACAUUUUAUGUUAAUUUUAUGCAGAAAUGUGAGAAAUUCCAAAAGGUUCAGAUACUAUUUCAUACCACUGUAUAUUGUCGAUUGAAAACACAAUCAGUCACUUUUCCCUUUUCCUGCAUGUUUCGUCUAGAACUUGCCUUUUAUUUUGCUAACAUAAUGAAAUGUAUGCAAAAAAAAUGCUUGUUGAUUAAUUUAAAUUGCUAAUGAUGUUGGUGUGCCAUAAGAUUUUUUUUUACUGUAACAUUAGCACAGAACAAGGCCUUUGGUCGUCAAAACCAACUUUUUGGUUACAUUUUAAUUGAAUGAGUUUUUUAUUCAAUUGUCAUUCUUGUUCAUGAUAGUUGUUAUGUCAAGAUUACGAUACUUUCAUAAGAAGCAUUCAAAUAAAGUGUUUGAGGGGGGCAUUAAGAUUAAGAUUUUAGUAUUGUGGACAUUUGUCUGGUAAUAUUUGAAUCUUCUCAUAAAGUAAUCGUUUGGACUCAAAACUUUAUUUUUGUAAGAUUACACUUCCUUUCUUAACAUUACGUAUGACUGAAAGUCUUGUAGGUCCUCCUCAUGUGCGUAGCAUUCCCGUAAUUUUCGGACUUUAAGUCUCUACUUUUUCCCCUCAUUUUGAAUCCUGCGUUUUAUGGUCCAGUGCGGCAUAUUAGUUGAUUUACAGUAUUUGGGAUAAUAGGUAACACUAUUUGACAGCAGGGACACAAGACUGUGAUAAGACCAUAGUUAUCAUGACGUGACACUGUCAUGGGCAUUAAUGAAUCCUUAUGACAGAUGUCAUUAAGUGUCAUAUGACAAAGUUUAUGUCCAGCUCAGAUUUUUUUUUUAUCCAUUUAAAAGUGAGAUAAUUUGCCAGAUUACGCUAAAUGUCAUGUGUCAUAAGCAUUCAUUAAUGGUCAUGCCAGUGUCUUGUCUUAUUAAUGACAAUCUUAUGACGCCGCCGUCAAGUGUUACCUGUUGAUAUCUUUUGGUGUAAAUAUCCCAUAAAUGAUACAGUGAGGACUGCUGUGGCUGAUAAUCCAGUGCGUUUUAUGCCAUUUUAAUGUCAAAUUUGGUGUGUAGCGGCUUAUAGUCAGGUGCGCCUUAUAGUCUGAAAAUUACGAUAUUUGUUGUAUUCCUAGUGUGACCCUUUAUUUUAUCAAUUUUCUAUUUGUAUGACCAAAAUUCUAUUUUAUCCCCAUUUAGAAUUACUCAGCCAAUUCAUCUCAUUUUGAAAAGAACCCAAUGCAGGUUCUUUAGCCUUUUUUUUUUUUUGGGGGGGGGGGGGGGGUUAAUUUUCAACAGGAGGUUAUAACACGUGUAAUAAAAAACAUGUUUGUUUUUUUUUUUCUGGCAAAGAAAUUUAAAUUUUUUACAUUUGGACUAGGAAAAUAGUAGGUAUAGAAGUGGUUGUUGGUCUCUUUUGGUUUACUGAAAGAUGAUGUUGAGUCAAAGAAAUACAUAAGGCAUACACUGCUGGCCAAAGGUAUUGGCACCCCUGCAAUUCGGUCAGAUAAUGAUAAUUUCUCCCAGAAAAUGAUUACAAAUUCUUUGGUAGUACUAUCUUCAUUGAUUUUGCUUGCAAUAAAAAACACAAAGAGAAUGGAAAACAAAUUUAAACCAUUAUCAUUUUACACAAAACUCCAAAAAUGGGCCAGACAAAAGUAUUGGCACCCUUUGAAAAAUCAUGUGAUUCUUCUCUAAUUUGUGUAAUUAACAGUACCUGUUACCUCCCUGUGGCACAUAACAGGUGGUAGCAAUAACUAAAUCACACUUGCAGCCAGUUGAAAUGGAUUAAAGUUGACUCGGCCUGUGUCCUUGUGUGUACCACAUUGAGCAUGGCGAAAAACAAGAAGAGCAUAGCACUGUCUGAGGACUUGAGAAGCAAAAUUGUGAGGAAACAUGGGCAAUCUCAAGACUACAAGUCCAUCUCCAAAGACUUGAAUGCUCCUCUGUCUACUGUGCGCAGUGUCAUCCAUAAGUGUAAAGUCAGUGGCACUGUGGCUAACCUCCUUAGAUGUCGACAGAAAAAAAUUGACAAGAGAUUUCACUUAAAGACUGCAGAUGGUGGAUAAAGAACCUCGACUAACAUCCAAACAAGUUCAAGCUGUCCUGCAGUCCGAGGGUACAACAGUGUCAACCCGUACUAUCUGUCGGGGUCUGAAUAAAAAGGGACUCUAUGGUAGGAUACCCAGGAAGAACCCACGUCUGACUCAGAGACAUUAAAAGCCAGGCUGGGGUUUGCCAAAACUUGCAUGAGAAAGCCAAAAACGUUUUGGAAGAAUGUGCUCUGGUCAGAUGAGACAAAAGUAGGGCUUUUUGGGAAAAUGUAUCAACAUUGAAUUUACAUGGAAAAGAACACGGUCCCUACAUUCAAACAUGGUGGAGGUUCCCUGAUAUUUUGGGGUUGCUUUGCUACCUCUGGCACUGAACUGCUUGACCAUGUGCAUGACCUUAUGAAGUCUGAAGACUACUAACAAAUUUGGCAGCAUAAUGUAGGGCCCGGUGUGAGAAAGCUGGGUCUCCCUCAGAGGUCAUGGGUCUUCCAGCAGGACAACAACCCAAAACACACUUCAAAAAGCACUAGAAAAUAGUUUGAGAGAAAGCACUGGAGACUUAAAAGACUAAAGUGGCCAACAAUGAGUCCAGACCUGAAUCCCAUAGAACACCAAUGGAGAGAUUUGAAAUUGGCAGUUUGGAGAAGGCACCCUUCAAAUCUCAGAGACCUGGAGCAGUUGGCCAAAGAAGAAUGAGAAUGGAAUGGUCUAAAAUUCCAGCAGAGCAUUGUAAGAAACUCAUUGAUUGAUACCGUAAGCGAUUGUUUGCAGUUAUUUUGUCUAAAGGUUGUGCUUCCAAGUAUUAGGCGGAGGGUGCAAAUACUUUUGUCCGGCCCAUUUUUGGAGUUUUGUGUAAAAUAAUAUUGAUUUAUUUUUUUAUUUCAUUCUCUUUAGUGUUUUUUCAUUGCAAGCAAAAUAAAUUAAGAUAAUACUACCAAAGCAUUUGUAAUUGCAAUCAUUUUCUGGGAGAAAUUGAGCAUUAUUUGACAGAAUUGCAGGGGUGACAAUACUUUUGGCCAGCAAUGUAAGCAUUGUUUGUCUACUUGUCUGUCCUCUUUCCUGAUAUAUUUCCACCUAUUGAGUUAGAUGUUUUAAUUUUUUUUCAGAAAUGUAUAGAAACAUUUACAUUAAUGCUUUGGUGUGAAAAGUGUAUAAAGAAUGCAGAAAAGAAAACUGCUGAACAUUGUGCCUCAUCUCCCACUGAGCCUGUUUUUGAUGGACUGUAUUUCAUUAAAUCCUAUGUAAAAAAAAAAAAAAAAAAAAAGAAUUUCCUUGUACAUAAAGUGUAAAUGAAGAAAGCUGAUAAAAUGCAUAAGUUGUGCGUGAUGGAGUGUUUGUGCGUGGGUUAAUAUUGCUCUUCAUAAUAGCAUCUUAGAUGCUGGUAUUGAUCCAUUCUCUCAUUUACAAUUUAUUGCUUGUUUUUUGUUUUGUUUUGUUUUUUGUACGUUUUCUGAGUGGUGGCCAUAUAUACGCCAACAACCAAACUCUCAGUAAAUCUAUUAAAUGUAUAGCUUCGUUUAAAAGGUGUCCCAAUGAAGAAAUUGUGUUGUAAAUAAUCUUGGUGAGCUCAGGACAGCUUCAUGCUGUGGUCACCCAUUGUUAAAAGCGCACCAAUUGAGGUGGUUUGUUAUAUAUUUUUUCCAUUUCAUGAGAAUGUCAGUGAAUAUUAAGUUGGACGGCCUCACUUUGUGAAUCAUUAUUCUCUCAUAUUAUUGUUUUGUAUUGUCUGUUCUAUUCCCAUUGCACCCAAACUCCAAAGGAGGUAUUGUAAUCUUAUUUGGAAUCUAUUUUAAAUCCAUUCCUUGAAACAGAGCAGUUGUACAUAUAACCCCACUUACAAUGAAGUUGGGACGCUGUGUUAAACAUAAAUAAAGACAAUAUGUACAAUGAUUUGCAAA